AUGUGGCACCGCACAUUGACGCGCCGCAUGCAGUACGGCUCAACGCCGAAGGAUAUCCGCUACGGGAUGGAGGCGCGUAAAGCACUGCUUGUGGGUGUGGAAAACCUUGUCAAGGCGGUGGGCGUCACACUUGGCCCAAAGGGACGUAACGUCGUGCUGGAGAUGCCGUACGCAAGUCCCAAAAUCACAAAGGAUGGUGUUACGGUGGCGAAGCAUAUUGAGUUUGAGAACAGCUUUGAGAACUUGGGUGCAAAUCUUGUGCGGCAGGUGGCCGGCUUGACCAACGAUAAUGCCGGGGAUGGAACGACAACGGCCACAAUCCUUUCAGGCGCCAUUUUUCGUGAGGGGUUCCGGAGUGUUGCUACUGGGACGAACCCAAUGGAUCUGAAGCGUGGCAUUGAACUUGCGUGUCGCGAGGUUCUCGUGUCCCUCGCGGAGCAGGCGAAACCGGUGACGUCAAAGUCGGAGAUCACGCAGGUGGCGAUGAUAUCGGCGAACAUGGACGAGGAAAUUGGUGCGUUGAUAGGUGACGCCAUGCAGCAGGUGGGCAAGGAUGGUGUCAUUACAACACAAGAAGGCCGUUCACUCAACACGGAGCUUGAACUCGUCGAGGGCAUGUCCUUUGAACGUGGGUUCACUUCACCGUACUUUGUGACGAACACCAAGUCACAGAAAUGUGAGCUGGAAAAUGCUUUGGUGUUUGUGGCGAACCGCAAGUUGUCCAGCGUUGCGCACAUACUCCCAGCGUUGAACUACGCGAUUCAGCAGAAACGACCUCUUCUUGUCAUCUCGGAGGACCUCGAAGGGGAGGCGAUGCACACUUUUCUGUACAACAAGAUGCAGGGCCGCAUCGGUGGGUGUGCGGUGAAGGCGCCUGGAUUCGGUGACAUGCGCAUCAACCAGCUGCAAGACAUUGCAGUGUUCACAGGGGCACAGAUGAUCUCGGAGGAUCUCGGGCUGAGCCUCGACCACAAUGACUUCUCCGAUCGCCUGCUCGGGUCCUGCAAGAAGGCAACUAUAUCGCGUGAUGAGUGCAUUCUGAUGGAGGGCGGCGGCAGCGCAAUCGCGGUGGAGGAGCGUGUGCAGAUGAUUCGCGAUAUGAUCGCUGCUGAAGACCAUGAGUACAACCGUGAGCGUCUCGUUGAGCGCCUGGCGAAGUUAUCUGGCGGUGUUGCUGUUAUCAAAGUUGGCGGCGCCUCGGAGGUUGAAAUCAACGAGAAGAAGGACCGUAUCAUUGACGCGCUGAAUGCCACACGCGCUGCUGUCGCGGAAGGCAUCCUGGCUGGCGGUGGUACGGCGCUACUUAUCGCAUCCGUGCGACUCGACCGCAUCACAAAGGACCGUAGUCUGCCGCCGGACAUCCGCACAGGUGUUAACAUAGUAAAGCGCGCCAUCCGCUUGCCGUGUCGCUGUAUCGCUAGCAACGCUGGCGUCGAGGGAAGCGUUGUUGUUGGCAAGAUCAUGAAGAAAAAUGACCCGACAUUCGGCUACAAUGCGCAGACGGGUGAGUAUGUUAACAUGUUUGGCGCUGGCAUCGUCGACCCGAUGAAGGUGGUGAAGUCAGCUGUUGUGAAUGCCUGCUCUGUGGCCGGCAUGAUGAUCACCACGGAAGCGGCGGUUGUGGAGAAGGAUAUGCUAGCGAAGGAGACACGUGUUGAGGAUAAGGGCAUGGAGGACAAAGAGAAACGUGAGGGGUUCAGCAAUAUGCGCAAGCGCGUCAACGAAUCUCAGGCUCCGCUGCCAGCACUGUCGCCACCAAUGAAGUUUCAGAUGAAGGGAAUAUGA